AUGCGGAAGACAUCACAAGAUGGAGGAGACUCUACAUCUAUUACAAGUGGUGUUGAAAACGAAAUCAAAAAACCUUGUGCGGCGGUUAUAAAGAAUAAAAGAAACUCUAUUAAACGAAAAGUUCAGACCCUGAGCCACGAAUCUGAUGAUGCUGUAAUUGAACCGCUUUUACAGAAGGAGAAAGAAAAACCAGAAACACUUAAUCAAAGUGCAAAAUUUUCUAUAUUAAAAUCGAAGACUGACGCACAAAGCAAAGAUAGCGAUAAAGAUAAACUACUUCCCGAUAAUAAUGCUAAAACAUCUGGUCUUCCAGAGGUUUCACUUGCUCCGAGUACAAAAGAAAAUAUAUUCAAGUCACAGCCAAUCACAACCGCACCUUUACAUAAUCAUAUGAAUACAAACGUGUUUAGCAGCAUUGAUACCACCAAAUUUAGUACUACUACCAAAAAUCAAAUUCUUGUUGAAAUCGACGGAUGCAAGCAAGGUGGUUUUAAUCCUAGUCCGCUGAUUUUUACAACAGCCAAAAUUCAUACAGAUAAUAAAACAAAACAAAUGGAACCAGUUCAAGUAACUGCUGUGCCUAUUUUAUCAACGACAGAAAUCGCUAAUGCUGGGAAACUUAAGAAUGUGGCAGGUAUUACACAAGCCAUACCUGGCACAAGUGUUACAAAAGCAAAUGAAAGUUUUUCUGUUGCAAACACUACUGUCACAGCGGGAAAAGACAGUAAAUACAACAUACCCAAAACAACUAGCGAGACUAAAAUCCAAAACACACUCGCAGACCGUGCUGUUAAUAAUUUGUUGUUAAAAGAUUCUACAAAACCCAAUUAUUGCAAAAAAGAUAUUCCGAAACAACAAGAAGGUAAAAUUGAUGAAAAUGCAAAUGCAAGUACUGCCGCAGUACCACAGCUUGUUAGUCCAAGUGUUGCAGAUAUCAAAAAGUUGCCAGUAGAUCCAAAACAACACACUGAUAGUGGUUCUAAAGACAAACCUUCCAAAGACAAAGCCAGUUUGAGUGGAAUUAAACAGUUGCCUCGACAAAAAAAUGCAAUUGUUGAAGAUACAGCAGAUAGUAUUUUAAAACCAAAACCUUCAGGUAGCGAAAGUUUAAGGUAUAGCAAUAUAACACAAUACUCUAAGGAUAUUGAUAGUGUACCUACGAAAGUACUGCGAGGUCCCAAUGACGUUAGUAAUAAAACGUUGCCAAAAACGAGUGCCAAUAAUAUUUUAGAUUCUACGAAUACAAAAAUCACUGCCACUUCAAUAGCAAGUAAAUCCACAUCAAGUUUCACAUCAACAGUUAAACCAACAGUGGCUGCCUCACCACAGUGUUCAGUAACAACGGGCACGAUGUCAACAACGACAAAACCUACUUUUACAAAAAUCACAUCAACCGAUACAAAGAGUGCCGCAAUUCCCACAUCAAGUUUCACAACGAUAAGCAGUAAACCACAAACAACAAGUUCAACACAAUCGUCAGUUAUACCUUCAGCAGGUUAUAAUAAGGUAUUAACGAGUUCCACUAUAAAGCCAGCAGAUACUGCCGUGGUUAUUCCAAGUAUUGCUUCCAGCAAAACAAGUGGAGCUUCAGUUAAAACAACUACCGGUGAUGUAACUUUGGUGCCAACUCAAAAUGUACUAACAACUACUGCAAAUGGUUCAAAUCUCACAUCCAUCUCUGUAAAACCAUCUAUUACUAAAACGGUAAACACUUCAAGUACGUCAUCUACAAGCGCAGCAAAACCUGUUACUACUACUCCAGUUGCCAAAUCCUCUGCCUCGAACAAAAAAAAUGGACCCAAAACUAACGAAGUUAACAAAGAUAGUAAGGGUCUUAAAGCUUAACAUUUGAAGUAACGAAUGAUUUGAAUUAGUUAAUGAAUUUCACGGCUCAAUCCGAAGUGAUAGUUGUGUCAACUUUAGUUAAAUACUUAUAUUAUUGAUCUCAAUUAAUAUUUGUGAGUGUUUUAAGUAAAAUAUUAAAGAGUAUUUAUUUAAUCAGUCCAUAUGUUGCAAAAUUGUUAUGAUGCACUUUACUCUUUUCGAUCACAUACUAGUCAUUUCGUAACGUUAAUAAACAUUUAGUAUAAUAAUAUAAUAUAGUGUAAAUACCUAAAAAUAGCUCAAAAGUUCGGUGAAUUGAAUGAAAAUUACGUUAGGUGAUAUUUAGUUGAAGAUAUAUUCGGGAUUUUUACAUUUCUAGUAAUGGUUGUUCGUUAUGUCGCGAAAGUUGCUCAUAUUUAAAAGGAAUUGAAAUACAAAGUUACUUCCCAAAAAUUAUAUUAAUUUCAAGUAUUUUAAACUAAACCAAAUAAAAACAUGUUACUUUAUGAGUAGUGUAAUGAUAUUGGCAAUAUUACAAGAAAUUUUAAAUUACUUGAUGUUGCAAUUGAUGUAGGUUAGUGGUGCUAAGAUAAUUCAAUAUUUUUCAUAGACAAUAUAAUUAUUAUAUUUUCGAUACAAUUUAGAGAUGAAUAAUUUCAUCAUCUCAUACAGCGUCAAUUUUUGUGAUUAUUUGAUUUAAAAAACUAACAUUGUUAAAUACUUUCAUUUAUUAGAUAUUUCCAUUCGUUUACUACACAGUCGAUGUCGAGAGAAAACGCAGGGUAGCUAAAUAAAUAAUAUUAAACAUAUUUAAUAAAGAUACGGUUUGAGUACCACAAGAUCACGUACUCUAUUGUUAGUGUUUAUGUAAAAAUCAAAAAUAAUAAGAAUCUAAUUUAGAGUAACACUUAAAAUUGCAAUUAAAUUAAAUUUCAAAGUUUAAAACGAUUUGGUAUUUAUGACAUCAUAAAAACGUUGUCAGAUAUCGUUAUAUUUUGAAAUUAUUAACAUUCGGUUUGUUUUCAAACAUCCAUAAAAUUAAAAAAUAAAUAAAACUAAAAUUUUCAAUUGAAAAUUGGAAUAUCUGUGUGGUAGCAUGUAAAGUUUUUAAUAAAUAAUCAUGUAAAUUAGAUAUUGCAUAUCAUUAACAAUAUAAUGGAAUCACAUUUCCUUAUUUAACUUUGCUCUUUACAUUAUACUAUAGUUUAUCGGUUUUUAUUAGAAAGUGAUUCAUUAGGUAUCUAAACACGUACAAUACUUAAUAAUAAUAUAUUAUUUUUUGGUGAUUAUUUGAAAACACAUGUUAAAAAUUUAAACUAAUAAUUUUACAUAAUGUGAUUAUGUAUGCAUACAUUGAAAGCACAACCUAUAUAUCACAUCAGCUUUAUACAGUAUCUAUUAUAAUAUAUAUAUUACCGUUUUUUUAACUAUAUAUUAGAAAAAAUAUUUACUAUGGUAAAUAAAUAUUCCUAUCAAUAUUUUUUAUGUUACACAAUUAUAGUAUUUUUUUUAAUACAGUGCGCACAAAAAUUAAAGUAGUUUCACACUGCUUUCCAAGUAAAUUAUUUCCACAUUAUUUUGAUUAACUAAUGUUUACAUUAUACUUUUAAUAAUAAGUAGCUUAUGUUCUUUGAAUUUAAAAACAUUUACGAUCAAACCUGACAACAUUUGCAAAAAUUAGCAUCCAGGGUUCACACGGCUACAUUUUUGCGGAUAAUUAAUCCCGAUCUCGUUCAUCACUUUUCUGUUUAGGCUUAAAGGUGAGUAAGAGAAAGGAGGGAAGAUGUAGUUAUAGUUUUUUUAACUGAAGAUUAUGACCUACGGACCUUAAUCAAAAUAAUUUUGAUAGCCGACUUAAACUAGCUUUGUGCCACUCUAAUUCUCAUAUUAUUUGAGGUAAAGGUGAAAGUGACAAAUCAGUUACUGGUUAAAAUAGUAAUAACGUUCAUAGAUAAGAGAGUAGAUGUUUAGUUAACGACAUCGGCUUCCAUCGUUUAAACGAGUUGAGAACUUAUUAUACUUUUAUACAUAUGAGUUAUAAGGAAGUGGCCCUACUGUAUAGAUUAGGACAAAUUGAAUUCCAUCCGUAUGAGAACUUUUGUGUUAAAUUAAUAUACCUUUAUGUGAUUCAGUGACCUUAUGGCCAAAACUUUAUCACAUUCUCGAAGUCCCGGGCUUUGCACUUAGCAAUAUUUUUGCCAUGCACAAUAAAUAUGUAUAUCUAUUAUUAGUUAGGUACGUCCAGUAUAGUAAUACAGUCCGUCUAUUUUGCACAAAUCUUAAUUUCAUUAAGCCGUCACCUCUUUAUUUUCUUUAUUACCAAUUAACGAGAAACCUAACUUUAUAUUAGAAUUUAAGUUAAAAAAAAUGUUAUUAAUUUGAUUUUGCAAGUAAUGCCUUAUAAUUUUGGAUGCAAGUGAAAUUUGGAGAACCAUUUUAACAAAGCAUGUAACAUCAGCAAACUUGCAAAUGUGAAUACUUUAUCUAAGUCAAAUGUUUAUUGUUUGUAUAUCUCAAAAGUGGAUUCAGUAUAAUAUCAACAAGAGUUUUAUGUAAAACAAAUAAGAAAUAUUCUUGAUUCAUAAAAAUUUGCUCGUUACUCCAAGACGUUUCUAUCACAUAUGUUAUGUAGAGUUGUUUCGUUAAGUAGGGAAACUUAGAGAGCUUAGAAAAAUUGACUAAAUUUGACUUGUAAUUUCGCGGGUAGUCUCUCAUAAUUAUCUGUACUUAAAAGUAAGAAAGCGAAUAAUAAAUUAAACACUAUUAGGUCGAAUUUGACACAAAAAUUGUCUGUAGGAGCUUUAAAAAAUAUUAAUAAUACAUUGCACUAUCAAAAAUUAUAAUUCAAUUAAUCAAUUUCAACAAUUGCUUAUAAAUAAUGUAUGUAGGUACCUUUUAAUAACAUUGUAGGUAUGAAGUUAGAAAAUUAGACUUGUCGUUUAGAUAUUUUACUCGAAAUGUAGAUUUAUAGAGUUUAAGAUAUUCAUGGUAUUUAAGUUGUUAUAAUUUUUUAGAUAAUUUUAUUUUGAUAACUAUCAUGUUUUUAUCCUGUAGUGAUGAUUUUAUAAACAAUCUUACACGUUUAUAUGAUUAUUGUGAAUGUAGUCCACCUAUUGGUUUUUGAAUAGGUACCUACCCGUUUAGUUCCCAAAAGUUAAUGGUUACGUAAGUGAUAAAAUGUUCAGGUUAAUACUGGUAUAGUAGUCACGCGUGGUGCGUCGCGUGUGUACGUAGGUGCGUAGACGCACGACGUUCUCUCGAUAGAAACAUCGGUUAUGAUAUCAACACGUUCCGCGCUUGGCGCUGUAUCGCUGUGUGUUGUACUUAUGCAGUCGUGAGUCGUGACGAGAAGCGCUAUGUGGCGCGCUCGCUCGACACACCAACAGCCCGCCACCGCACCGGCGAUCAAUACUAAAUUCUCACGAGCCGCGGUACUCUCUCAGACGAGUACUCUACUAUGCGCUCUUCCGUGCCAUGCCGAUAUGACAUUAAUUAAUAAAACUAUCUAUGAGAUACGUACACAAUAUGUUUCUAUGAGACAAUUGAAUAAGCCUAAUUGAUUAUUGUUGUUAAACUUGAUGUAUUUUAGAGGAUUAUUGAUCAAAUCGAUGUUACAUAGAUGUUUAUUGUAAAUAUUAGCUUAACACGAAACUGAUGAAGUGUGACAUGUUCUAGAGUGUUAUAGAAGGCUGUAUUUUUGGGUGAUAUUUUAGAAA